UAAUCUUUUAUGGCUUCUUGGAAGGCUAAAGAUAAACAUUUAUCGAUCCUUAAAACCCCUUCUUCUUCUUCUUCGAUUUCUCGGGCAUCGUAAAUCAAUUUUCCGAGGGGGCCAGAAAAACAAUAAUGCAGGCGGCGAGCGGUGUUUGUUGCGGCGGAGACGCUUACCUAAAGCGCCAUGAUUCUUUCAAUCUUUUCAACUUCCACAAACCAAACGUUCGUCCUCGUCGUUUCAUGUUCUCAAAUCCACAACCACCAUCGAACUCGAAACCAAUAAAAUCCAAGAUGCAGCCGUCGGAGUCGUCGUCUAUGAUUAUAAGUCUUCAACCAUUGGCGAAACAAGAAAAGAAGAAGCGCAACGACUUGUUGUACGAGAAAAUAGACGAGUGGAUGAGAGUUUCGGUGGCGGAGAUCGUGAAGAAGUUGCCGGAAUCUCCCCUCUUGGUCCACGUCUUCUUGGACGUAAAGAAUAACACCACGGAAACGAGGACGGAGAAGGCGGAGGAAGAUAAGUGGGCUCUGGUUAAACAAAAGUGGGAGAACGGAGAGAGUCCAAUGCCCGAUGGGUUGAUUUUCGUCGAACAAAUAGAACAACACGAGGAGGUCUCGGGUUCGAGUGUAUGGGGAAUAGUGGUUCAGGGCAUUGGAGCUGCUAGUCCACUAUGUUAUCUGUUGAAGACUAGUAGAGUGGAUUCAGGGCUCGGGUCAAGGUGCACCCAUUUUUGCUUGGUUAGGGUUAAGAGUUUCAAGGAAACUGCUUUCUCACAGCUCCACAGAUGUUGGCUGUAGCAGGAGAACUUCCAAGAAACAGAAGCAGAAUAUAAGU